AUGAAAUCGGAUACUCUUUACACACGUGGGCAGCAGCAGCAGCAGCGGAAAGCGAAAGCGAAACAGCUUCGACUGCACACCGACCAGGUAAGAAGUAUCAACUAUCCGUCCGCCGCCGCCGCCGUGACUCCGCCGCCACGCUUUUCCUUCCCUCCUUUCCCUCUGGAAUUCAUCACUCGCGACGUUUCGGUCAUAUCCAUAGGCCGGUAUGGUUCUUCUUCUUCCGGUUCUCGCGCCCUUGUUUCACGCAUUUGCUCCGCAAAUACACCACCACCACCCGAAUUGAAAAAAAAAGUGCUCCAGAAACUUUGGAACUGUCCUAUCACUGAUCUACGGAAACGAUCACAUCGACAUUAUAACGGAUUCACGAUGGAUCCUUUGCUGAACGGGUCAUAUGUACAUUACGGUAUGGGAUUGCCCACCUCAGCGUACGCAAACGGUUCGAUGUCGACGAAAGCUUACAAUGGUAACGCUUCGGAUCACUCAGCUGAUCCGUCCUCAUCGAGUUCACCUGGUGCGGCGCCAAAUAUGAAUAUUCUGCUCACAAUUCGACUACUCAUGCAGGGAAAAGAAGUUGGAAGUAUAAUCGGUAAACGUGGGGAUCAAAUUAAACGGAUUCGAGAAGAUUCGGGCGCAAAAAUCAAUAUUUCCGAUGGUUCAUGUCCGGAACGAAUAGUUACUAUUACCGGGAGUUUAUCGACGAUCAAUAAAGCAUUUGCGAUGAUCUCGAAUAAAUUUGAAGAGGAUAUGCGAGCUUUGCCGAAUUCGGUACCAAAACCACCAAUCACAAUGCGACUAAUCGUACCGGCUACUCAAUGUGGUUCACUUAUAGGAAAAAGCGGUUCAAAAAUUAAGGAGAUUCGAGAGGCAACAGGUGCAUCGAUUCAAGUAGCAUCCGAAAUGUUGCCACAAUCGACGGAACGAGCUGUUACCGUAUCCGGUACGGCGGACGCUAUAAAUCUAUGUAUGGGACAAGUAUGUCAAAUACUACUAGAGGCUCCACCUAAAGGCGCCACGUUACCGUAUCGACCGAAGCCGACCUUUAACUCGUUGUUAGUUGCGAGUUCGGCGGCCGCUGCUGCCGCAGCACAACAGCAGCAGUUGGCCGCUCUGUUACAACCGGGUUUGUUGCAACAAGCACAACUCGCUCAACUUUUACCACCUGAGCUGGCUCGUGGUGUUCCAGCGUCGGCGCAAUAUGGGCCGGCAUCCGCCUUCCUUCCCGCUCCUACCCUCAAUCCCCAAGUGUUCGGCGGGUUGAUCCUCGCCGGAGCCGGCGGAUAUCCAACUCAACCGGGCGCCGCCGCUGUGAGCGCUGGCAUGCCUGAUCCCUCUAAAGCAGCAGCAAUGACCGGAUUUUGGAGUGAAGAUCGACAAUUGGAACUGAUCAAUCAAUAUGCGGCACUCAACAGCAGUGUGUUGCUGGGUGCACCGCUGCUGAAGGGUGCCAACUCACCGGCUGGUCCCGCCCACAAGGCAAGUGGCGCACGGUUCACACCCUACUAA